GCACAUUAGUUCAUCUUUAUCUAUGAUCAAGCAGAGCAAGUACCUCUAAAACUUGCAGAGAGAACACACGUGUCAUGCGGGUAGACGUCAUCCUUGUGCCGUUGCGCCUCCGCCUAUUUGGAGCCUCCAAAAUCAAAAGGGAACAUCCGAGGAGGCAAGCACCCUCCCCUCCGCUCGACUGCGCGGAUCACUAUGCUCCCGCCGCAACUCCCCGGACCCGCCGGGCACCUCCCGCUCGCCCUUGCCGUCACCGCCUCCUUCGCCAUCAGCUGCAGCGGUGGCUCCGCCAGCGGCCGCUCCCGCCGCCGCCGCCGCGCGAAGCCCAAGCCCAUCGUGUUCCCGCCCCCGCCGCUCCGCCGCCUGGUCUCCUCCUCCCUCCGCCGCCUCCUCCCGCGCCCGCGCCCCCUCCGCGGCGGAUGGCUCGGGCCAAGGGGGAGGCGGAAGGCGCCCGCCGAGGACGUGGUGCUGCUCGUCCUCUCUCUGGCCCUGGGCGACAGGCUCGCCGUCCUCGCUGAGGCCUGGCGCGCGUCGGGCCUGGGCCAGGCGCUCGGCAUCUGGGCGGCGGUGUGGGGGCGAGCGAGGAGGAGGAAGAGGGCGAGCGGGCUCCGGAGGCUCGCGGCGCUGCUGCUCGGGAUCGCGUUCUGCGCGCUGGCGUCGCAUUUCAGAGGGGCGGCGUUCCUGGAAGGCCUCCGGAAGACGGGCGGCGGCCGGAAAUUAGCGCGGAUUCUCCUGCGGUGAUUGAUUUUGUUUCCCUAUUCGAUUUCUUGAGGAUGCAUUUGCCCGAAACGGCGUCGGAAUUGUAGGUUUCCUUGUGCGGAUGGAUCGUGUUCCUGAACUGUUGAUGUGAUUCUGUUGCGGCUGCUGUUCUCUACUGGAAGGCAUUCUGUUGGCGUCCUGAUGAACUGGACUGUUGAUUUGGAGCAUCUUGUUCGUCUGGUUU